CAAUUUCCGAAUUUCGAGGUCAGCUCGAAAUCUCGAAAACUCGAAAAUUUAAAUUCUGCGUAUUUAAUAUUUAGUAAGUCCGCCAUCGAUAAAAAUCACAAUAUAUUUCAAUCCAAAUAAAUACUCAAAUCAUGUGAUAAAGAUUAUCGAAACUAAAGUGAAUAAGUUUAACUUAAAUUCACAUUUAGUGUUACGAAAUUGUGUGUGUAACCAACAAAUCCAAUAUGUUCUAAUAUUUCGAACAAAAAAAAAUGUUAAAAAAAUACGUGAAGGAGGAAGUUUAUUAUUAAGUGUUUUGGAACACUCGAAUGUAUUUCUAAUGGUAGAAUAAUUAUCUAAUAGUAAGUUUUUCCACAAAACAUGUGUACAAUUGAUCAAGCCUCAACAAUCUCGCCUACGGCUACAGGAAGCGUUAACGAAGCGAAUAUAGUGAACCCGAAACUUCUGAAGGUCCUUCAAAAAGUAGUCCAUCCCAAAUGUAAGCUUCACAACGAUGAUUACCUCAACUUGUUGUUCAAUCACCUGACCCAACCUCCAAAUUUACCAAAUUCCUUAUCAGUCGAAGAGCAGAAAAGCAUAAUGCUCUUCCUUCCGGUAUGGCUCAAAUCGACCGUGGCUCAAUUCGAAAAAUGCAAAGAUCCCCCCAACCCCCAAGUCCUCUACUUCAUACUGAACGUAUCGAGGCACAUCAGCUCCAACGAACAGACGUUCGUGACCCUCAACAGCGAAGACGUCUUCGAGAAACUCAUAGAAAUCGUGAAACGAGUAUCGAAACCGAGCAUCUCGGUGGCUCUGAUCCAACUCAUUUCGGUCAUCGUAGACCACAAAUCCGGAUUGCAGUGGAUCAUAUCCACGAACCAUUGGAAGUUCUACGUCGAUUUGGUGUUGAGCAACGAGACUGUGUACAUUUUGAAAGAGGGCAAUUCGUUCAUCACGAAGCUGCUGGUGAAAUCGGUGGCGUUCAAUUCGACGUUCUGUGAUAAUGUGAUCAACACCAUUCUGACGCCUUUGGAGUUUGUUACGAGGAAGCUAACGGAUAAGGAGGAUGUUAGCGGGAACGAUUUCAAAUGGCUGGUUUCUACGUUGCAGAAUUUGAACACGCUGUUGGUGGGUUUGCUGAACGAUUCGAAAUGCACCGAGAACGAUAUUUAUUCGUUGUUCGUCGACAAAUUCAAAUUGACCAGCCGCAUGAAAGAAUUGAUCUCGCUGAGCCAAAACAACGAUCUAACGUUUCACGCGAUGAAAUUGUUCAUCACGUUGAGAUAUCACCAAAUGAAAGUCAGGUUUUUCGACAUCCCCUUCAUCAGUGCGGACUCGCAGGAUAAUCCUCUUUACGACGUUUACGAUAUCUACUGUCAGGCAGUGUCCAUGUUGCCCGCCGUGCAAACGUUCCAUUUGCUCAACUGGUCUUUUACUUGUUGGGUGAAAAUCAAAAGCAGCAUGCCGAUGUGUUUGAUUAAGGGUCACCAGGGCUCGUUAGAAGAUCAGAUUCUGAUGAUACAAUACAUUCCGAUCUUCACGGUGUUCAUCAAAUUCUUCGGCAUCAAGAUUUACACCGAGGAAAACGACGAUCUCAGGGUGCACUUUUGCAACAAAUACUACAGAAGGAUCUGUCCGAGGACCGUCGGCGUCAAAUACAAAUGGCUGCCGUACUUUCUCGACAACUUUUCGUUCGCCAACGGCGUGCUCGCGCUGAAAUUCGUCCUGCAUUCCAAGAAAUUGUUCCCCAAAGACACCGGCAUUCUGGCCUUUCAGAUUCUCUUCUCGCUGCUCCACGAUUUCCUGGUGUUCGUGAAGGAAAACCGCGAGCUGCAGCUGCCGUUUCUGAAGGAACCCGAAUACAUAGCGCUGCAUUUGAACGUCAUGGAAAUUCUGAUCGAGGAAUUCGACGUGACGUGGAAGGACAGCGUCGAAACCUUGUGGGUGAUGUUACAAAUGCGCGAUUUGUUGAGCGAUUUCGUUUGGCCGACGAAGAUAGUCGUGAACGCAUUGAAGCUGGCCAAGAAGACGGUUUCGAAGUAUUUGACGUUUCAAAUGGCCCUUCUGAUCGACGAUAAUCAAAGCACGGCCCUUUGCGAUUUUCCGAUUUUACUCAAAGCCAAAUUGCACGACGGAGCGUGGGAGAUCAGAGAUAGUUCCGUGGAACUCGUCACUCAAUUCGCCAUUUCAAAUUGUACUUCGUCCGAUGUAGCUUGGCAUUCGGAAUAUUUUAGUCGUUCGACUGCCAAGCUACAAUUUGAAUCGUUCAAGAAGGCGAUGUUAGAGAACGAUUUUCCACGGCACAUCCUCGACAUGUCCACAGGAGACGGUAGUCCUUACGUACGUUCGUCGGCGUUGAAAUGCCUGCAGGAAAUCGUGAAGGACGAAACGUUCUGGAGCAAUAUCGUCGAACAAUCGGAUAUAUUCACGAUCCUGCUGCGCAUCCUGCAAAUGGAAACGGAGGGAAUGGUGCGCUCGGAGGCGGCCAACCUGGUGGGCAGCAUCUUCGAGCACCAGCAGAUCCCCGACGAGCUCCUGGGCAAGUUCUACAACGCGAUGAGCCACGCGGUGGUGUCCGAUUUGCAUUGGGAGGUGCGCGUCAGCGCCCUCAAAUUCUGGGAGCUCGUCGUCGACGAUCGAUUGACCCAGCAGGGGAUGAUCGACGGCUCGUUUCCGUCGGUGACGUUCUCCGUGCAGAAGAAAAUCGUCACGCUGAAUCCGGCGGAGAUUCGCAAGCGGUUGAUCGCCGUGCUGUUGGAGCUGUCCGAGAUGGGCUGCUUGUACGUGUUCUACGAGGCCCUGCGGGACGAUUGCGAUCUGGAGGUGGCGAAAUGCGCGACGAGGGCGGUGGCGAAUUUCGCGGAUUUGCUGAAGCAGUACGAGGUGACCGAGCGGGCCGUGGAGGAGUUCGCCCCGUCGAGUCCGCUGGUGGUUGGGAAGCGGAUCGACGAGUUUCCCGUGGGGAAGGAGACGACGAUGGAUUUGGGUUUUUGCAGCCCGUCGCAGAGCUCCUAUUCGGAGUGCAUCAUGGACGAGAUAUUGGAUACGAGGGAUUUGAAUUUGUUGGAGUCGGUGUUGAAUUCGCUGGAUACGCCGGUGAUGGAGAACGUGCAGUUCAAGGAGCGCGUCGUGUUGAGCCCCAUCAAAUUCUUGGAUUUGGUUUACGGCGAUCUUAGAAGUAACUUGGAGGAUAAGACUAAAGCUAUUAGAAAUUUGGAUAGUUUUCAAUCGCUUUUAGACGAUAUUCUAAAGGAAUACGAACCCGAUGAUAGAAACGCUAUGGAUUGUUAUUGAAAUUAAGUUAAUUAGUUAUUAAGUUUGUUAGUCUGUUAUAUCUGUCCACUUCUGAUAGGUAGUAAGUUGUUGAUCGGCAAGGAUUUAUUAAAUUUCAAUUUGUGUUUUUUUGGCGAUUUUUUGUGAUAAAAUUUUUUAUUGUUUCAAAAUAUAUUUUGUCAUACUUGCGUAUAA